GUGAAUGCGGCAUUCACCCUAAACUUGUUUUACUCUUACGUCAGGAUGUGGACUGCCCAGCCAAGAUGGCUGACAGCAUCCCGUUAAAUCCGGUGCGGAAGAACUCGAGGAGAAUCCCGUAUUACAACUCAUCUAGGCUUUCAAGACUGGACGAGGAGGAUGAGCUAUUAAAGCCCUCAGGGUGAUGAAUGGACAGGAAGUAGGCGCAUAAUCAGAUACUCGAUAGAAGAUGAGCCGUCUAACCUGGAUGAGAUGCCUCUGAUGAUGUCGGAGGAAGGGUUUGAAAAUGAUGAGAGCGACUACCAGACGCUUCCCCGGGCCAGAGUCAAUCAGAGACAGAGGGGCCUCGGCUGGUUCCUCCUCGGAGGGUGGAAGGUCCUCUGUGGCAGCUGCUGUGACUGUUUGGCCCAUAUAUGUCGGAGUAAGAAGGAGCUGAAGGCCAGGACCGUUUGGCUCGGCUGCCCAGAGAAAUGUGAGGAGAAGUACCCUAAAAACUCCAUCAAGAACCAGAAGUACAACCUCUUCACCUUCGUGCCUGGGGUUCUCUACCAACAGUUCAAGUUCUUCCUCAAUCUCUACUUUUUGGUGGUGGCCUGUUCCCAGUUCGUGCCCUCGCUGAAAAUUGGAUAUUUGUACACAUACUGGGCACCUCUGGGUUUUGUGUUGGCUGUUACAGUGGUGCGGGAGGCAGUGGAUGAAGUGCGACGCUGCCAACGGGACAAAGAAAUGAACUCUCAGCUCUACAGCAAGCUCACAGUGAGAGGAAAAAUUCAAGUGAAGAGUUCAGACAUACAAGUUGGAGACCUGAUUAUUGUAGAGAAGAACCAAAGAAUUCCUGCAGAUAUGAUAUUUCUGAGAACAUCGGAGAAAAAUGGUUCAUGUUUCAUCAGAACAGAUCAACUGGAUGGAGAAACAGACUGGAAACUGAAAGUUGCUGUUGCCUGCACUCAACGGCUACCAGCAGUGGGGGACCUCUUCUCCAUCAGUGCCUACGUCUACGCCCAGAAGCCUCAGCUGGACAUCCACAGUUUUGAGGGGAACUUCACACGGGAGGACACAGACCCACAGAUCCAUGAGAGUCUGAGUAUUGAGAACACUCUUUGGGCCAGCACGGUUGUUGCAUCGGGCACGGUGAUAGGGGUGGUGAUCUACACGGGCAAAGAGACCAGGAGCGUACUGAACACCUCCUAUGCCAAGAACAAGGUUGGCCUUCUGGAUCUAGAGCUGAACCGCCUCACCAAGGCCCUGUUUCUGGCCCAGGUGGUUCUGUCUGUCGUCAUGGUAGCGCUGCAAGGGUUUGUGGGUCCCUGGUUCCGCAACCUCUUUCGAUUUGUUGUGCUCUUUUCUUACAUCAUCCCCAUCAGCUUGCGUGUAAAUCUGGACAUGGGAAAGUCGGCCUAUGGCUGGAUGAUCACGAAGGAUGAAAACAUCCCAGGCACAGUUGUGAGAACCAGUACCAUCCCUGAAGAACUGGGCCGGCUGGUCUACCUCCUGACAGACAAGACUGGCACUCUGACACAAAACGAAAUGAUCUUCAAGCGGCUGCACUUGGGAACUGUAUCGUACGGCACCGACACCAUGGAUGAGAUACAGAGCCACAUAGUCCAGUCAUAUGCGCUGGUGACCUCUCAGGCCUCCAGUACCGGUACCAGCGGCCCCGCUUCUUCAUGGAAGACCCAGGCGUCCGGCCCCAAGGUCCGUAAGAGUGUGAGCAGCCGCAUCCACGAGGCCGUGAAGGCCAUCGCCCUGUGCCACAACGUCACACCCGUCUACGAGUCGCACGCCGGCGUCAAUGGAGAGACGGACUCGGCCGAGGCCGACCAGGACUACAGCGACGAUAACCGCACCUACCAGGCCUCCAGCCCGGAUGAGGUGGCGCUGGUUCGGUGGACAGAGAGCGUUGGCCUGACCCUGGUGAACAGAGAUCUGACCUCCCUGCAGCUGAAGACUCCUUCAGGCCAGAUUCUUUCCUUCUACAUCCUGCAGAUCUUCCCCUUCACCUCUGAGAGCAAAAGGAUGGGCAUCAUCGUCAGGGAGGAGUCAACAGGAGAGAUCACUUUCUAUAUGAAGGGGGCUGAUGUUGCCAUGGCGAGCAUUGUCCAGUAUAAUGACUGGUUGGAGGAAGAGUGUGGAAACAUGGCCAGAGAAGGUCUGAGGACGUUGGUGGUGGCCAAGAAGUCUCUGUCUGAGGAGCAGUAUCAAGACUUUGAGAACCGCUACAACCAGGCAAAGCUGAGUAUCCAUGACCGGACCCUGAAGGUUGCAGCAGUAGUGGAGAGCCUGGAGAGGGAGAUGGAGCUCCUGUGUCUGACUGGGGUGGAGGACCAGCUGCAGGCGGACGUCAGACCCACGCUGGAGCUGCUCAGGAAUGCUGGCAUCAAGAUCUGGAUGCUGACGGGGGACAAGCUUGAGACGGCUACAUGCAUCGCCAAAAGCUCUCACCUGGUCUCCAGAAACCAAGACAUUCAUGUUUUCAGACCGGUCUCAAACAGAGGAGAGGCCCAUCUGGAGCUCAACGCCUUCAGAAGGAAACAUGACUGUGCUUUAGUCAUCUCUGGUGACUCCUUAGAGGUGUGUUUGAGGUAUUACGAGCAUGAGUUCGUGGAGCUGGCCUGUCAGUGUCCAGCGGUUGUCUGCUGUCGCUGCUCCCCCACUCAGAAGGCCCAGAUUGUCAAACUCCUGCAGCAGCACACAGCCAACAGAACCUGCGCUAUAGGUGAUGGAGGUAAUGAUGUCAGCAUGAUCCAGGCUGCUGACUGUGGCAUUGGAAUCGAAGGGAAGGAAGGCAAGCAGGCGUCUCUGGCCGCAGACUUCUCCAUCACCCAGUUCAAGCACAUUGGUCGUCUGCUCGUGGUUCACGGCAGGAACAGCUACAAGCGCUCUGCAGCGCUCGGCCAGUUCGUGAUGCACAGAGGCAUGAUCAUCUCCACCAUGCAGGCUGUGUUCUCCUCCAUCUUCUACUUUGCCUCUGUGCCCUUAUACCAGGGGUUCCUCAUGGUUGGGUAUGCAACUAUUUACACCAUGUUUCCAGUCUUCUCCCUGGUUCUGGACCAGGACGUUAAGCCGGAGAUGGCUCUGCUCUAUCCAGAGCUUUAUAAAGACCUCACCAAGGGUCGCUCGCUGUCAUUCAAGACUUUCCUCAUCUGGGUUUUGAUCAGUGUCUAUCAGGGUGGCAUCCUCAUGUACGGCGCCCUGGUGCUGUUCGAGUCGGAGUUCGUGCACGUGGUGGCGAUCUCCUUCACGGCGCUCAUCGUGACCGAGCUGCUGAUGGUGGCUCUGACCAUCCGCACCUGGCACUGGCUCAUGGUGCUGGCCGAGUUCUUCAGCCUGGGCUGCUAUCUGGCCUCGCUGGCCUUCCUCAACGAGUACUUCGGCAUAGGCAGGGUGUCCUUUGGAGCUUUCCUUGACUCGUCCUUCAUCCUGACUUGGCCUUUCCUGUGGAAGGUGUCUGCCAUCACGCUGGUCAGCUGUCUUCCUCUCUACAUAAUCAAAUACCUAAAGCGCAAAUUUUCACCGCCAAGUUACUCCAAACUCUCCUCGUGAGCCAAACGCGGAUUGCUCGGUGCAGUUAUGUGUUUCUUUGAGCUUCAGCACUUUUUUUUUUACUCCAGUUAUGGACAUGUGACCUGUGGAAGUUAAACACUGGAACAAUGGAGAGGGGAGAUAAAACUGAAUAAACAUUCUAUGGAUUUUUUUCACAGACUUGGAUUUACUUGAAAAUAAGAAGCACAUAAUGAAGUGACUGCGCUUAAGGCCAGAAAGGCUUCACGCUGGUUGUUGGAGGUUCAAUCUGCCGCCUUUGGGUUUUAAAGCAUUUGGAAAUAAUCAGCUUCAAGUGUCGUUUUAUACAGUUCUGAUGUGUUGCGCUCACUUUUCAAAUUUUCUAUGUGGUGUUUCAACUUUUUUAGGUGUUUUUUUAUUACAGUUGCUGGCCUGCGUCUUUGAAGGGGUUAAAAGCCUCACUUCCUGUUCUCUUACUGUAAAUAAGGCCUUCACAUGAAGAUUGUGGUCAUUGUAAACCUUAAUGUGUUGAACUCCAAUGUGCUUUAACCAAAAGUCAAAACAUGCGUACCGUGACAUUUAGAGAGAAAAUGCUGAUUCACACAAAGCAUCAUCUGAGUUCAUUUGCAUUCGCUGCUACUUGUUUACAUUUUUACAAACGGUGACAUCAGCAGUUCAUCGUGUGCGGUGAAGCCGUCACUCCAAAGCAGCAUUAUAUACACUGUCUGUGUCUGCCUGGCCUUCAGUCGUCCCGUCAGGACCUGGCAGCUCGCUUUGUGCCUGACUACAAUGUUUGUAAAUGUACCGAAGCCGCAUCUCUGCACCGGAUCCGACACAAUCAAAGAGGGACCUCAGCAGCUGCUUGGCUCCAGUCCUGUUGCUCUGAUGCUCCUCUGUGCAGGAUGCUUGAGUCUCCAGGGCCUCGGUGUGAAUGAGUUCUAUCAUUCGCUCAGCGCGUUGAGCACCAGCGCUGGAACAGGGUGCUGGUCAGCGACGUCUCCGAACUGUAUUUGAGUUGUCCUCAGGUUGGUCGUUGCUUAGCAACCAAGCUGUAAAAUGCAGCCACACUGUCAGAAACACGACAAGCGGUGGAUGUAGGUGUCUGCGGACACGUUGAUGCAAAUUGCAUUUAGAAUUUGAAUCUUUGGUGACGUAUGUUCCUGUAAAAAGCAAUUCCACGUGGUUUCUGUUGAUCUGUGUCUUGUAAACAUUGUCUUUUGUUCUCCACCUAUUUUUCUUUUAUUUAUAGUAUUGUUAUUGACCAAUGAAUCAUAAUUAAAAAAACACACAUGA